CCUGUACCGUUUAAUAAUUAAUAAGGGAAGGGAAGAUGAAAGACAAAGAGAAAGCUGAACACAGUCACCACGAGCAGAGCCUGUCCGACAGUCACCGCCUGGCAGAGCUGUUUGAUCUCCUGGACAAGAAUAGAGAUGGAGUGCUUGACGUACAGGAGUUGAGAGAGGGCAUAGCUAGCAUGGGUCUGCCCAGUAGUGUGUAUGGGAACACUGACACUGCUCAGGAGGUCUUCAAGAAGGGUGAUACGGACCAAGAUGGACUGAUUAAUUUUGCUGAAUUUGUGACGUAUAUUGUAGACCACGAGAAGAAAUUAGAACUGGCCUUCAAAACACUCGACUCUAACAAAGAUGGGGUGAUUGAUGCGGAAGAGAUAAAAAAGUACAUGAAAGAGCACGGAUUGAAUGUGUCGGACAGUGAUGUACAGCGACUAGUCGACAAGAUGGAUAAGGAUGGUAACGUGGCGAUCAGCUGGGAAGAAUGGAGAGGAUACCUUAUCUUGCAACCCAACACCACUGUCUCCUCCAUCUUCAAGAUAUGGAGCCAUGCCACUGCGGCUAAUGUCGGUGAGUCAGCUGACUUUAUUCCAGACGAGUUCUCAAAGGAGGAGAGAGUGACGGGAAUGUGGUGGAGGCAGCUGGUCGCCGGGGGAACAGCCGGAGCAGUUUCAAGAACGUUCACAGCACCUCUAGACAGACUCAAGAUUUUCUUCCAGGUGUCUUCGCUGCAGAACCAGAAGCUGACAAUUGCGUCUGGGUUUCGUCAGAUGCUUAACGAGGGAGGGGUGCGGUCACUGUGGCGGGGGAACGGGGUCAAUGUUGUUAAGAUCGCUCCAGAGUCAGCGCUUAGAUUCUUUGCUUUUGAACAAGUCAAGAAAUUUUUCUACGAGGAGGGGAAGUCCCUUCACGUGUACGAGCGUCUGAUAGCUGGAUCAACAGCUGGUGUCAUCGCUCAGACUACAAUCUAUCCCAUGGAGGUAUUGAAGACAAGACUAGCUCUGGGAAAGACGGGGCAAUAUCGCGGGAUGUAUGACUGUCUGAAACGAAUCCUGGCGGUUGAAGGAGGCAGAGCACUGUACCGAGGGUUAACUCCUAGUCUGAUUGGAAUCAUCCCUUACGCUGGUAUCGACCUCACUGUGUAUGAGACUCUCAAGAACUUGUACCUCUCUAAGAGUGAGUCCAAGAACCCCGGAGUUCUGGUUCCUCUCGCGUGUGGGACUGUGUCCAGUGUGUGUGGACAGGUUGCCAGUUACCCCUUUGCUCUAGUACGGACCAGACUACAAGCUCAAUCUGCCAUCCUCCAAUCUGACCCGUCUCUGGCUGCCACAACCAAAGCACUCACCAUGACCGAGACUCUCCGCACUCUGGUUCAAGAUGAGGGGCUUGUCGGUCUCUACAGAGGACUCCUGCCAAACUUCCUCAAAGUCAUUCCAGCCGUUAGCAUUGGCUAUGUAAUGUACGAACAAGUCAAACAAUUACUAGGAGUUACCUCAGUCAAAUAGCUAGUUUUUUGCUAAUUCAUUCCCAUUUCGAUUUUGUUCACUUGUUCUCUAGUUGUUCAAUUGACAUGUAUUUAAAAAAUUAUUUUGAUUCAAUUUG